AUGACAAUAGCAUAUCACCCAGAGGCUAAUGAGCUAAAAGAAGUAUCUACUCGAGAGAUAAAGCAGAUUUUAGAGAAAAUGGUAAACCCAAGCCUGAAAGAUUGGGCAGCCAAGAUAGAAGAUGUAUUGUGGGCUUACAGAAUAGCAUAUAAGACUCCAUUAGGCAUGUCCCCAGAAAUGCUAGGUUAUGGUAAGAACUAUCACUUACCAAUCAAAUUGGAGAGGAAGGCAUAUUGGGUGAUCAAAGAACUAAAUUUGGAUCCUGAAUUAGCUAAACAGGAAAGAAUAUUCCAAUUCCAAGAAUUGGAAGAGUUCAUAUUUAUGGCUUAUGAAAAUACUAAGAUUUACAAGGAGAGGAGUAGACUUCUACAUGAUGCAAAGAUCUGA